AUGAGUUGGGUUGAUGCCAAAGGGCAUGAUGACAUUCUGAGCUAUGCGGAGUCAGUGUUGGGAAAAGGAUUUGUGAUGGAGUAUGAGUGCCAUGAUUGGGAUGGCCGAGCUCAGGGGAAAGCAUGCCUCCGAUUCGAAGAUUGGAGUGAGGCGAAGUUGCCACGAGGAGAUGGAAGAGAGUUGGUACACAUCAGCCGUUGGAGAUUGGUCAAUCCGUUGAUGAUGCGCGAUAUGGAGUACUCCAAAAAGCGUGCAUUGGAGGGCAUCAUGAGCUUUAUUGAUGCCUGGUCACCCCGUGUGCCUGAACCGGCAGGAGCGCCUGGUGCGAAAAGAAAGGUGGAGUCCUUCGAAGACCCAACCGGAAUUGAUAAGGCCCUGGAGAAGGCAAAGAAGGCGGUGACGAGAAGAUGGAGUCAGAGGAGAAAAAAGGAGGAGGCCCAUGGUGAGAGUGGAAGAGGGCCGAAAGGGUCAGUUGGCGCUCUGCUGGAAAGGAGGGCGGCGGAACGGCGUGAGCAGCAGCGGAAGAAGGAGGAGGAAAAGAAGAAGGAGAGCCGAGACCUGGUUGAAGGCUCUGGAGACCAGUCUGGUCGGCAGCAACUGGAUAUCAGCACGGCAUCAGGAAUUGAUACCUCCACGAGCCGCAAGUUUGUCCUCAGAGAGCGAGAAGAGAAGAGCAGCAAAGCAGGAAGCCGCCAGCCUGAAGCGGUCAAAGAGCCCCGAGCAGGAGGACUUUUGGCGUUGGUGUGCAUGCGAAGUGGCACGAACUUGGGCGAAUAUCUCAAGCGGUCCAUCGAGCCGGGGUCUGACGACGGCAAUAGGGGAAGACAACGGGAGGUUCUGCCCCUGCCGCUGUGGGCCGAUGGGAAGGAGCAGCUCAGGAGCCUCUUCGAGUCUGGGGACUUUCGGAAGUUUGGAGGCACAGACAAGAAGGCCUUUCGACACGCACGACGAGCCGGUCUGCUCAUUUGGCAUUGCUUGGCUGUGGUGGUGCUGAAUUUUCUGUGGACAGGAGGAGGAAAGCAAGCGAAAGUUCAUAGAGGAACCACGAGUGUGAGUCAGGCUAGAGGGCUUUGGAUCGGAUUGACGGUGAAGGCCUUCGUCGAUGAUAGCUCUGAGACAAAAACAAAGGUGCCCCGCUCCCCAGAGAUGGGGGAGUGGGGAAGAAAGGUUGGUGAUGUGAGGAGCUCAUAUCAAGGUGAGAUAGUGGAGAAAGGACAGCGUCUGACACUGGAUCAGGUCCUGCCUGGUUUGCCACCUGCGGGUUAUGGAGCAAGUAUUCCGCUCGUAGAGUUGUGUGAAGGGGAGUUGAAGGAAAAGCUCCUGCAUCCACUGAGCAAUCUAUUGUCGGAGGAGGAGAUGCCAGUGGAGAUGCCAAGGCCUCAGAUUCAUGCCUCCCGUGAGGAAUGGGAGAAGAUAGCAGGAGAGAUGUACACACGGGGCCUGGUGAAGACAGUCGAGGCGCCAGUGCUUGUGAGAGGUAGGUACCUUGUGAACGGCAGCUUCGGAGUGGCAAAGCCGGGCAAGUACCUUGAUGAUGAACGUCCAGUCCUGAGAUUGAUCAUGGAUUUUCGAGGGACGAAUGCCGCGACUCGAGUUCUUGACAGAGAUGUCCGGACCUUGACGGGGGCACCGGCUCUGCAGCACGUGGUUCUCCCAGCUGGCAAGGUGGUGAGGAUGAGCGCGCAUGAUCUGGUGUCAGCUUUUAACUUAUUUGCUCUCCCACCGGGUUGGCCUGAGAUGAUGACGUUUGCAGAGAAGAUCAUGGAGGCUCGUGUAGCAGAGGACGGGGGUCCCGUACUCGAAAGAGAAGAGCUUGCAGAGAGCCCGCAAAGCCGAGAAGCUGUGGUUGAUGGGGACCGAGGAACCCUUCAAGGAUCGAUGAAGAGAGCGCUAGAUAGCCUGUCGCUGAGCUUCUGGCUACUGAGACAAGAGAAGGUGCCCCGGAAAGGAUUGCAGGUGUUUCUAGGACGAGAGGUGCAUACGCUUCAGUUCCGUCGACCCUUGUUUGGAGUCUUCGACUACCUCUGGAAGGACAUCUCGGAAGGUGGUGGCUCCGUGUAUGGGUCGAAGCUGACCUCCCAAGGGCUCAGAGAGAUGUGCGCCUUGGAAGAGGAGGAGGAUGAUGUCGGCGGAGAGGGCAUCAAUUUGGAUGAACCCCAAAGCGUGCUGGUGUUCGACUUCUUCGCAGGCAUAGGAGGCCUGAGCCGUGCACUGGAGCUGGCAGGACAGAAGGUGGAUCAUUUAGUGGUGAUUGAGAAGGACCCUGAACGUCGAAGGCUAAACAAGACAAGGUGCCAGUUGUUCUACAAGUAUGUGGAGAUUCUGGAUUGGAUUGAGGACCUGGCAAGAGAAAUGAAGGAAGCAGAGACGGAGGAGGAAAAGAGGAAGCAGAUGGUGGCUCGAGAAGCGGCUAUCGGAAAUAGCUUCCACACUGUGGUCGUGGCUUGCUCGAUGGACCUGUGGUUAUGGAAGAAGCAAGCCCGAACUGAUCCGAAGGGAGCCAGCGCCAUAGUGAAAAGAUGGCACGAGGAGACGGCAGUCAGGAGGUUCAAUGACAUUGGAGAAAAGGAUGAUGCCACGACGCAUGUUAGCGAGAGUGAGAGAGACAAGGAGGCGGAAGAAGCCCUGGUGCAGUUGGUCCGGAACCCAAAGCGCGAACAAUGGCUUCGUCUGGCUGGACAUAGUUUUGGCAAGGGUGGAGGAGGAGCCUGCUUGUUGAAUGUCCGGCUGAUUCACCAAUAUCUUCGGAGGAUGGAAUUUCGUGGAAGCGAUGUUCGGUUGGACCUGCAGGUCGUGUACCGUCCGGAUGCUGUGGUCCGCGCGACAGUUGAUCCAGGCCGAUGGGUUUGGAAGACGGCCCAAUCCUACAAGUGGUUCCUCCACCUACCGGAUUCCCAGAUCUGCCUGGCUGCACUGACGAAAGGUCGGAGCAGCUCGAGAAAGAUCAAUCGCAUUUUGCGGAAGACCUCAGCCUUGUGUGCUGAAAGGCAGAAAGUGGGAAGGUUGUCAGAGCAAAGAGUUUCACAAGCAACUGCAGAAAGAUAUGCCGUUGCCUUGAGUACCUUUGUGGGAACCCCAGAGGUAGAGCUGCUGAAACGAGCAGACCUUGAGUCAGUGCUUUGUCAAUAUGUUGAGUUCCUCUGGGAGGAAGGAGAUCCCAAGACGAUGGCCAAUUAUGUGAUGGCGGCCGUUCAGUAUCGAAGGCCAGAGCUCAGACGAAACUUGAAAGGAGCAUGGCAGCUGGUUUCCUUAUGGAAUAAGUUGGAGCAACCCUUGCGGGCUACGCCCCUUAGUCCUGAAUUAGUGUUGGCUUUUGCUGGAACACUAUGGCAGUGGCAAUGGCCUCGCUUAGCCCAGCUUACCAUGGUAGCCUUUUGUGGUCUCCUACGGGCGGGAGAGAUGUUUCAACUUCAGCGGCAAGAUGUGGUGCUGCCACGAAAGGAAGGACAGUCCGCGAUCCUCUUCCUGCGUGACACGAAAACGUCACAACGAAAUUUUUUGAGGAGCGAGAAGGUACUCAUUCCUGAGAAAAGCGGCAUUACUUGCUUGCGCGCUCUUUGUCAGAGACGCAAGCCUGAAGAAAAGUUGGCGGAUUUUUCCCCUGCUGCUUUCCGGUUCAACAGCGCCAUAUGCUCCGCCAAAGAGCUGGAGACGGCUCUAAGUUUGCAGCAUCAGCUGCACCAGCAAGGUCUGAAGGAAGAUAUUUACACCUACAACGCGCUUGCUUCUUAA